AUGGGGAAGGCGAUGGCGCUGAUCGAGGAGAAAUACAAGGACUGGACGAGCAUCAAGGACAACUGCGAGUCCCUGGAGAGAUCCCUCCUCUUCCUCGCCGCAGCACUGGACGACGAGCUUGCCAGGCGGAAGGGCGCCGCUCCGCCCGUCGCUCUGGCGAGAGCGUACAGCAAGGUGAUGCGCGAGCUGACGCACGACAUCGAGGACUGCAUGGAGCGCUUCCUCUACCGCGUCAGCCGCAAGAAGGGGUCCUCAAGGAUCCGCCGGGUUUUCCACUGGGCGGCCACGGUUGGCCUCCGCGACCAGUUCGCUUCCGAGAUCAAGAAGCUCAAGAAGCGGUCCGAGGACGCAAAUGGCACCAUCAGAAAUCUCAUCGCUUCUUCCAGCAGCGGCAACCAUGCCGCGCCUCCAGCAGAACUACAGCCUUAUUGUGUGGUGCCGGAGCCUCUUGGCAUCAAGGAACCCAUCGAGAAGAUCCUGUCUCUGUUAGAUCUGACGGGGCACGAACCGGAGAAGCUGAGGGUGAUCGCCAUCGCGGGGUUCGGAGGCUCCGGGAAGACAACUCUCGCACAGGAAGUGUUCAAGGUGGCAAGCCCAUCAUUCACUUGCAGCGCCUUGGUUGGUACACUGGACUGCGGAAAUGCCAAUGACCUUCUAAACAAGAUAAUCAGGAAGGUCUGCCAGCCGCCCACCGCUGUCCUCCAAGAAUCAGAUUGUACAAGUCUUCAAGAUCGUCUCAAAGUUCACCUAAGGGAUAAGAGGUGUCUCAUUGUUAUUGAUGACAUCGACGUGCAUUACUGGGACAUUGUAAUCCCUAUCUUCAACUUCAGAGACAGUCUCCCUAUGGGCAGCAGAAUAAUAGUGACCACGUCCACUCAUCACGUAGCUAAUACUUGCACUUCCGGGCAUGGCAUCGGUUACAUGCACAAGAUGGAAACUCUUGGAGAAGAAGCUUCAAAGGGUAUAGUUCUUCCAAGGAUACCUCCUCCCCCUGAGUUGGCACGGGGUUCCACUGCACUUCUGAAGAAAUGUGAUGGUCUUCUGCUUGCUCUUACUAGCGUGAGAAGACAAUUGACAAGUGAAAAGGAAUUAACUGGGGAAUCAUGCAAGGAAUUGAACAGCAAGUUGGGUUAUUACCUGGAAGGAGACAGGGGGCCUUACUUUGCAAGACUUCGAGGUGUGCUUAUGGAUACCUAUGCCGGUUUGCCUGAUUAUAAUGCCAGAAACUGCUUGCUGUAUCUCGGUAUAUUCCCAAUCAAUCGUCCCCUCAGGAGGAAUGUUGUGACCAGGCGAUGGCUGGCUGAAGGAUAUGCACGAAGCCAUCAAGGCCAACAACAUGAUGUAUGGGCUGCUCAGCAAAAUUUUGAGAAAUUUAUCGACCGUGGUAUCAUUGGGCCUGUUGUUCCAGGAAGCAAUGCAACAGUAGAGCUAUGCAAAACUCAUGGUAUUGUGCAUGAGUUCUUGUUGCGCAAGUCCAUGUGUGAACAAUUCCGGCACCUUUCUAUCCAUCCAGGGAAUGAUGAUACAGGGUACGGUAUGAUGUCAGAUGUUGAUUUAUCUCGUGUCCGGUCUCUGACAAUCUCAGGGAAUGCAGGUGAUGCUAUCUCUGAUUUUGGUAAGUACAAGAUUGUGAGAGUGCUGGACCUGGAAGAAUGCACUGACAUAACAGAUGUUUAUAUGAAAGACAUAUGCAUGAGGUGGAAUCUGAGAUAUCUAAGCCUGGGGCCCACCGUCACUAAACUUCCCAAAGAAAUUGCACAGCUAACACUGUUGGAAACACUAGAUUUAAGCAAAACGAAGGUGGAUGUGUUGCCGGUUGAGGUUAUUGGAUUGCCCAGUUUAGUUCAUCUGAUUGGAAAGUUUAAACUUCCAGGUGGAAUCAGCACAGAGCAACUGCCGAAAGAACGUAAACUUGAGACCCUGGCAGGAUUUGUGGUCAACGGGCACCAUGAAUUCCUUCAACUUAUGGCCCAUAUGAAGAAACUGAACAUGAUCAAGAUAUCGUGUCACUCUGAGAGUGGCCAGGGAUUUCAGAAACUUAUUUUGGAUAUGAAUACUCAGCUUAUCGAGGCCAUUAAACAGUACACUGGAGCUGACAUAACUGAAGGCAAUUUUCGCUCCCUGUCAGUUGACUUCCGAAGUUUACCGAAGGAUGCUCAGUUGGCUCUGGCAGAAGUAUGUAACCAAAGAUUGCUGCCCGGUAAUACAGAAUAUUACCUCACCUCGCUGGAAUUAUGCGGCAGCUCAUCCACGUUGCCCCGGUUCAUUACCUUGUUUCCUUAUCUCACUGAGUUGUGCCUGAUCUUGACAACAAUUAUGACACAAGAACUUCUGUCAGUCCUCGCCAGCAGAAUGCAUUUCUUGCUUUACCUCAAACUGACCGUUGUCAACCAGAUCGACGGCUUCAACGUGCAAGCUGGGGAAUUCAAGAGCCUGCAACGCUUAUGUUUUGUGUCCAAUGUUGAGAAUCCGAUCCUACCAGCAAGCGAGGAUGGAUGUCCAGGGGGACUUGACAUCAAACAUGGAGCUCUGCCGCAACUCGUGUCAUUGCAGCUGAUUUGCAGGCAUCUAGUUGGUCUUUCUUGCAUCAACAUUGCACACCUGAAAGAACUCAAGGAGAUCAUUCUUGAUGCUAGAGUGUCUGACACAACAACGGCGACAUGGGUAGAAGAAGUGACAAAGCACCCCAACAGACCAAAUGUUAUGACGGUCGAAUGGGCUGAUGAUGAUGAUGAUGAUGAUGAUGAUGGCACGGACAAUGAUGAACGAGCAAGAACAACCAGAGCACUCUGA